AUUUACCACUACCAGUAGCCAGUAGUGCCGUGGUGCCUAAGCAGGAAGUCGGAAGAUACCUGUCAAAUUUCAAAAUUCCCUUUUAAAUGAGAAUCGCGAGAUUCCGCAAAAAUGAUUUUAGUAGUAUUUUUCAUAUAUUAGGCUAAAGUAAUGUAUGCCCCCAAAUACGUACAAGACAUUUUAACUUGUUUAAGCAAUAGUACUUACGCCGAGAACAGUCACCAUGGUGCAGUGCCAUCCACCUUUGGAAAUAGAAGAACUACCAAAAGAAGACGAAGAAAGACUAGAAAAGCUAUUUUCUAAAUUAGACACCGAUGGAAAUGGAAAAAUUGAUAUCCACGACCUGUCUGUUGCGCUUAAGGAGUUGGCCCCACACAUUAAUAGGAGUUACGCAGAGAAAUUUCUCGCCAAAACUGGAAAAGACCCUGGUGAUGUAACUCUAUCAGAAUUUAUACAUUAUGUGAGGGAGCAUGAAAAGAACUUGAAGCUGCAGUUCUCCCAUUUGGAUAAAAAUAAAGAUGGGAAAGUAGAUUUGGAAGAACUUAUAUCGGCAUUCGCAGACUUGGGAAUUGCAAUAGGCAGUAUUGAAGCAACAAAUUUAUUAAAAAGAAUGGAUCAAGAUGGGAGCCUGAACAUCAGUUAUGACGAGUGGCGGGACUACCUACUGCUGGCGCCAGCGACUGAUAUUCAUGCGCUCAUACAUUUUUGGCGGCACUCCACUUACCUUGACAUCGGCGAGGAUAUGAACGUGCCCGAUGACUUCACCCAGAGCGAAUUACAAACAGGGAAGUGGUGGAGGCAUCUGCUCGCCGGUGGCAUCGCCGGCGCCGUCAGUCGGACUUGUACGGCGCCGCUCGACAGACUUAAAGUAUUUUUACAGGUGAAUCCAACUAGAGAAAAUAUGACGAAAUGCUUAGCGAAAAUGAUAAACGAAGGAGGUAUUAGCGGUCUGUGGCGAGGUAACGGUAUAAAUGUAAUAAAAAUAGCGCCAGAAUCGGCGUUAAAGUUCGCCGCGUACGAGCAAGUCAAACGUCUAAUAAAAGGAGAGAAGAAUAAUCAACCGCUAGAGAUAUAUGAGAGGUUCGCGGCCGGUGCCACAGCCGGCGCGAUUAGUCAAACUGUGAUUUACCCACUAGAGGUGCUAAAGACAAGAUUAGCUUUAAGAAAAACUGGCCAAUAUAGCGGCAUCAUGGAUGCAGCGAGGAAGAUAUAUGCUAGAGAAGGACUGAAGUGUUUCUACAAAGGAUACAUUCCAAACAUCCUGGGGAUAGUGCCUUACGCCGGCAUCGAUCUCGCAGUGUACGAGACCCUGAAGAAGAAGUACAUCAACAAGUACCAGGCGCACAACGAGCAGCCGGGGGUGCUGCUACUGCUGGCGUGCGGCAGCACGUCGUGCACGCUGGGCCAAGUGUGCUCCUACCCGCUGGCAUUGGUGCGGACGAGGUUGCAAGCGCAAGAGAAAGCCGCGAAAGGCGCCGAGGGCACGAUGCGCGGCGCGUUUCGCGAGAUCGUCCAGCGCGAAGGGAUCCGCGGCCUGUACCGUGGGAUCACACCCAACUUCAUCAAAGUGAUCCCUGCCGUGUCCAUCUCGUACGUAGUCUACGAGUACGCGAGCCGCUCGCUCGGCGUCAACAUGACGUGAUGACGUCACGCCCCCCCUCCGCGGCCCAGCGCCGCCACAGCUCCACUCACUAACUCGACUGCGACCUGGCUCGAGGAAACAUCACAUUCUAAUCUAAGCAUAUGUAGGACACUUUGCAUUUUAAUGUAAAUAGCUCUCGUGUAUGUUAACUGUUAAGUUAAUUAAUUAUUUAUUUUAUUUGUUAAUAUUAUAUUCCAAUUUUGAAUUUCAGUAGCUCUGAAAGAAAUUGUUUUAAAUGUGUAGUAGGUAAAUUUUAAUUUUUUUUAACAGUUGAUACUUUUAAAUGAAAUUGAAACGGUGUGAAUGUGUAAUAUGACGUAAUAAUGCAUCUGUGAUGAGUAAUGUAAUUAAAAAAAAUAUAUUUUUUUUAUUUUC